AUCUAAACGGGAAUAUCUCUCUUCUGCUCGCGCCGCCGCCGCCGCAAAGCAAAACCCACACCGGCCACGCGCGGCACGAGCUCUCCGGCGGCGGAGGAGAUCCACGCGUCGCGCGCCCUAAUGGCGGAAGAAUCCGCAACCCUAGACGCGCCGCCGCCGCUUGAACGGUCCCCGCAACGGGAGUCUGCGGUCGACGAGGAGACCCGGGCCCUCGUCGUCCCCGAUGCCGGCGACCUUCCGCCGUUCCCGCCCUCCGCCGUGGAGGCCAACUUCGCCCGCUACUUCGUCGCUGACUUUCUCAAUCCAGGACAUGAUCAGUAUGUGUACCGCCAUCCAAACGGAUUGUGUGUGGUUGGUUUAGCUUCAGCCCAUAUUGCAUUGAAAGAGGAAGGGGGGAUAACUGCCGUUGAUUUCAAUGUUGGGAAGUCAGACCGCAGUGAGAUGAAAGUCACAGGAAAACGCAAAAGGAAUGCACAACAUUUGCAAGAAAAUUCAGCGCUGUGUAAAGUCUGCACAAGUAGUAAUUCUUUUGUAGUGAGGUGUUGUGUGAAAGGAUCACUUUUGGAGAUCAAUGAUAGAUUGAUCAAACAACCAGACCUGCUUAACACCUCUGCUGACAGAGAAGGAUAUAUAGCAAUUUUUAUGCCAAAGCCAGCUGACUGGCUAAAAAUCAAGGAUAAAUUUCUUAGCUACGAUGAUUACAAGAACUUGAGGGGAACAUGCUGACAUCCAAAAGGAAUUUUCGACAAUGAUCCCACAGCCUAGGCAUGAGUCGACCAUUCCCUCAGGAUGAAAGAUCCUUGCACGAUGGUCCACUGCCAUUUAUUUACCUGUUUACGGAAUUUGAAAACAAUCCAGAUUCCAGAUUUAUCCGUACUGGUGCUAAUGAAGAGGAAGUUCUCGUGUGUGCUUUGCUGGACAGUCUGAUAGAAGUUUCAUCAGCUACACACUAAUACUUGACGGUCCUAUCAUAUCAAGUGGCAUAUCAAAUUUGUGAGUUGGAAUCAUGUUAACCUCACAAUGAGGAGCAUUUUGUAUUACAACUGAUUGCUGCUCCUACAUGCAAUGUCUGAUGAUUAUCAUCUCAUUGAUACUAAGGAAAACAUGUUCGAUUAAGUUCUGUUGGAACAUCCCGUGUAGAGAUGUGUAAUAUUCUGUCAUAACUAUUGGUUUGGUGAAUCUUCGUUUAA